UAAAUAACUUUUAAAGAAAGUGAAGUUUUUUACUUAUAAGUAAAUUGUGAACUCAAGCAAACAUUUUAAAGAAAAAAAGCACAAAUUUUUACAAAUACUUAUUACACGAAAUCAAAUUAAGUCAUUCAAAUCAAACAUGUCUUCAACUCAAACCUUGUACUCAAUGUGGUCGUCCCUAUUGAUACCAAUGAAGCCGGUCGUAUGCCGGACUCAAUUGGCCAAACAAUAUAGACUGAUAUCAAUGUUCAUAAUUUAUAUGAUCUUAACAACUGUUUCACAACUGACACCAAAGACAAUGGCCACCAAUACCUGUCCAUCGAUGUGUUCUUGCAUUUGGCGAAACGGAAAACAGACGGCACUUUGUGAGAAACAGUCACUCAUAUCAAUACCGUCGGGUAUAUCUUCGGGCACUCAAGUACUCAAUCUUAAUAAAAACAACUUUCAAAUACUUCCGUCUAAAGUGUUUCAGGAAAGAGGACUCAUUAACUUACAGAAGGUAUUUCUCGCCGAAUGCAAACUCGGAGUCAUAGCCGACGACGCCUUCACUCAACUGACAAAUCUGAUUGAGUUAGAUCUGAGCGACAAUUUGCUGACCCAAGUGCCCACCCGUGCCCUAAAAGACGCCUUUAAUUUGCGUCGACUUCAGCUCAAUCAGAAUCCCAUACAAGUGAUCAAAUCGGAAGCAUUUAUCUCAUUAAAUGGAUUAAAAUCAUUAGAUCUGUCAGGAUCACAAAUAGAUUUGAUAGAACCGGGAGCUUUUCGAGGUCUGGAUAGACUGGAAUUUCUCAAACUGGAUAACAAUCGUUUGACAACAUUGUCGGUAACGGUGGUCAGCGAUCUGCCGCCACUCUAUUCGUUUGAUUUGCACAAAAAUCCGUGGAAUUGUGAUUGUGAUCUAAGAGGUUCCCGGGAAUGGAUGCUUCGAAACAAUGUUCCCCAAUCUAUACCACCCACCUGUCAGACACCUCAACGGGUUUCGGGUCUUAUGUGGAACUCAUUAGAUGUGGACGACUUUGCCUGCGCUCCCGAUAUCAUCAGCACUGUCACUGAGGUCACCAAAUAUGUUGGCGGAAACGCCACUCUAUCGUGUGUUGUCAAAGGACUUCCUCAACCAAAGAUUUUUUGGUAUGUCGACGACGGCUUCUAUAGAAAUCUGUCGUCACAUUUGGUCAGAGGAGAGAAAUUUUUCUUAUAUGAGGAGAAAAACGACGGAAUUGUAAAUUCAAUGCUUACCAUCGCUGGUCUCGAAGAAUCUGAUUCCCAAUCAUUUAUCUGUUCGGCUGAGAACCGAGCGGGAGUGGCCACCAAAAACUUUACCAUUUCUGUGAUGGCACUGCCAUUUGGUGUAGUGCCCGGUUGGUCAAAAGUCGAAGUUGCCGGUGCUGUUGUAGGCGUUCUAUCAUCACUUGUCUUUGUAUUUGUUUUGGUGACAAUAUUUUUGAUCCGAAGCCGUCGCGCCCAUCAUUCACCCGAUGACAAACCAUCGCCCAUAUCUGUACUCAAGAAUCUUUCGCCUGGAGUUAAGUGCGAAUCGUCGGGACUUAAAAGUCAUGUCACAGUUAUUGGUAAAGACGGAAAUGAGAAGAAACCUGAAAACGGUAACAAUAGCUCCGGCUAUGGUUCAGGUGGUAUGACUCCAGAUCUGACUAAAACUGGAUUCGACUUAAACGGUUAUCACAAUAAUAUUAACGGUAAUGGAUAUAUUGAUACCAAUUUUUCGCCUCAAAUCAUGUCCACAAAUAUUAGUUAUCAAAAUCAAAGCCAUGUAUCGGUCGGUGAUCAAAGUUUUCAACAAAUGGCACCCGAUUUGGGUCAACAGCAGUAUAACUAUAACUACGAUAACUAUCAAGAAGUAUAUGACGCCGACGGCUACUGCACAGGACUGCCUGCCAGUGUAGUCGCACAAGUCUUUCCUCCAAACUAUCAUCACAACUAUAAUAAUGAAACCUUUGAGGACGACCAGCAUAGUCAACAACUGGCAUACGACCAACAAUGUUAUGCCGGCCAAUAUGGCGUGUCGUCGACGAAUCAUUAUUUGCCUCAAGAGUCUCCACUGCCACAGACAUCGACACUCCAGCAACAACAGUGGAAAAGGAGUCCAGUAGCUCAGGGGUCCGGUCUGGUGCAGCCAACAGUGGUCCGGUACUCACCCGAUGAAGGCUAUGCCGAAGAACCGGCACCUUUUCAUUUAGAGGGAACAGAAGUCUAG